AUGAGUUUUCUCGGUAGUCUCGGUAAGAAGGCCGUUGAAAAGGCUUAUGACCUUGCAUCGAAGGUCGAAGGUGGUCGUGACUAUCUAACAACAGCAGCGAAUACUGUGAAUUCACUAGUGAAAGGCAAAGAUCCACGGGUUUUUUUAAAACCUGGAAAUGUCAUUCAAAUCCUUUCGCGAUCGUCAGGUCGAACACUUCAAAUCGUUGUUUCUAAAACUACAAAUGAAUUGAUUUGCGAUGCAAUCGGUGGUACUGGCUCGUAUUAUCCUAACGCUCAUUGGCUCGUUGUUUGUACACCGAACAAUCAUUACUAUUUUCACAAUAAUUACAACUAUCUCGCAGUUAAAAACGGCAAAAUUAUCAUCAUCCCAUCCACUGCGAAUGAGAAGGCACCAACUGAAGGAGAGUUUCGUGCUCAUAACGUGUUAGGCUCAGCACAAGCGAUCCAUCUCGAGUCUGUACAUAUGCCGGGUUAUUUUCUCAAUUUUGAUGAUGAUGGUGUGCCAUACGAAGAUGCCAAGUUAAAGGCAAAAGAACGCUUUGCUCAAUUCGAACUUCACCUCAUUGCUUACGGACCUGGCAUUCAUCCAGAAAAGGACGAUCCAACAAUUGAGAAAUCAGAGGAACUACCCCCACCAUCAUAUUGGGCAGCAGCCGCUUCAUCAAAUAACCCACCCUCAUCAUAA